AUGGGACAAACUUUAUCCGAGCCGAUAAGAGAAAAACACAGUAGCUCCGAUAGCGAUGCUCGUCUCCUGUAUGCAGCCUCCGCGAUGCAAGGCUGGCGUAUAAGCAUGGAAGAUGCACAUACGACGAAACUUGAACUUGGUAACAAGAAAGGCCAUAGUUUCUUUGCUGUGUAUGAUGGCCACGGUGGACAAAAUGUUGCAAAAUACAGUGGCAUUCAUCUGCACGACCGCAUUGCCGAAAGUGAACAAUUCAAUAAAAAGAAAUAUCCCGAAGCAAUAAAAGAAGGUUUUCUUGGUACCGACGAAGAUCUGAAAAAAGAUCCCAAGUAUGCAAAUGAUCCCUCAGGAUGCACAGCUGUCAUAGCGCUUGUAACUCCUGAUAAUAAAAUUUAUGUGGGUAAUGCUGGUGAUUCUCGUGCUGUUCUAAGUGUUAGAGGAGAAGCUAAACCAAUGUCAGAAGAUCAUAAACCAGUCAAUAAAGAGGAACAAGCUCGAAUUACAAAAGCUGGCGGAUUUGUAGAGUUCGGUCGUGUCAAUGGUAAUCUGGCCUUAUCUCGUGCAAUUGGUGACUUUGAAUUCAAGCAAAAUGAGAACUUACCGCCUGAUGAACAGAUUGUCACAGCUAUGCCCGAAAUAAAAGAAGAAACCAUGACUACGGAAACGGAAUUUUUAGUACUUGCAUGUGACGGUAUCUGGGAUUGUCUUACAUCUCAGGACGUCGUCGCAUUCAUCCGUCAAGAAAUUUCAACCGGCAAUGACUUGAAAACCGCUUGUGAAAACCUCAUGGAACAAUGUCUCGCACGUGAUAGUGAACUUGGCGGCAUUGGAUGCGACAACAUGACUGUGGUUAUCGUUGCUUUUCUGCACGGAAGAACCCCAAAGGAAUGGCACGAUUGGAUAAAGCAGCGAGUAGAGCAAAAAAUUGGGCCCGCUUUCGAAAAGGAGAAAGUAGUUAUACAACCCCCAAAUAAUGCUUCCGAAUACUCACAACUUGACCUGAAUGAAGAAAUAGUCGAAGAUGAUUUAGAUAUUACGGCUGAUGCUAAUCCGAAUCCGGAUGACUUUAACAUUGGGUUAGAAGAUAGUGAUGCAGCACAACAAAAUUCAUUCAGUAUUGAUACGCCGCCGAGAAAGCAACACAGUAGACAUAAUUCCGGUAGUAAUAGUCGUUCCUCGAGCCGGAGUAGCAGCACCGAUUCUGGUCUUGUCAUAAAUUCCCCGAGUCGAAGUAGCAGCACCGAUUCUGGUCCUAGCAUUGAUUUCGAUAAUGAAACUGACGAUAAAAAAAUAGGUCCACAAGAAAAAAGUGAUGCUACUACCACCACCACCGCCAACGACAUUACCACUAUAGCGACAACAGAAACAGAGAAAAAUUUAUCGACAUUGUCAUCUCCGGUGAAAGUUGCUACUAAUAAUGAGAUUCCUAUCACUGCUGCAGCUGCUAAUCAAACAACAACGGGAAACAAUAAAUAUAAUACAUACCCUCAGGGCAAUAGGGACAUGAAGUAA